AAACAGUACCAAGAGUCUAUCUCUGCAUAUUACUCUGCACCGCUGCUUACAAAGUGUGCAUAUGCGAAAUUAAACAACAUACCCUACACGCUGCCUAUGGAGCCUGGAUCUGCAGCGUAAUUUCCACGCCUGUCGUAAGAAUCAGGCCAUUUUCUUCAACCAUGUUCAACGGUUUUCAGUCUUUUCUUUUCUUUUUGUGGCCCAAACUCGGGAUCCAAAUCUCGCCUGUGCCACGGGAAUUGCAGAUAACGAAAAUACGGGAAAAAAACCACUCUUUUAGUAACCCUCGGCGUCCAAUUACAGCAUUUCACGCAUGGGGGUCCCUUACCGUUCUCACCAUAAACCUCUCUUAUCGCCGGGGAGACGGGUAACAACAACACCAUCACGUCCUCGAAUCGAUCCCGGACUAUUGAUUGUAUUAGCCCCAUUCCCGCAUGGCUCUUCAGUUUCUCCGUGGCUAGUCAUUCUCCAGUCUCAGGGAGCAACAUUCUGAAACCCAGACAUCGGACAUCUUUGCUCGACUUCUGGGCCCCCGAAGUUGAGCGAAGCGGCUAAGUGGCUAAGAGACUGCGAAGCAUCUACGCCGGUGUCAUGGUGCUAUUUCCGCCACUUGCCUCCCACAGAGACUCCGAACAAGCGGAAAGGUGAAUAACCAAAGCCCGCGGAGCUGGAUGAGCGCUGUUUCAAAGGCCAAAAGACGCGGUUUCAGAAUGCUAUACUUGGGACCUGCUGGUGUUAUUCGGCCAAUCGGGUCGCAACCCAUGCGGUGUGCACGACUUGUCUGCAU